UCGUAAUUCUGUUAUUUGUCGCUUUUAACUUUAUGCAUAUACUUAAUAAAGGCAGAUUGUUUGGUUAGAGAAAGUUUGCACUUAAAAACAAGUGUCGGUUCAACUUAUUCGCGGUUUUUGAUGCUGAUAAUCAACUUUAUAACCGGCUAACUGCGCUAGCUUGUGUCACAUAAUAGCGUUUGUAUUGGGAAGCAGGAGCACGUUUGUGUAUGAGGUGAGGCUCGCGCAGGUGUAAACAGACAAAACAGGACUCAAUCUCAGCCCAAAACAACACUUGAAAUGCUGGAUUGUGUUUUAUGAGGGGUUCCAAGUUUUGAUUUAACUUCAAGACCAAGUGUAUGGACAUAAAUAUUGUAGGUCAAUCUGCACUGAAUUUUCAAGAUAACGGCAAUGUAUGAGAACGUACCGACAGUGUCUGCUUCUGAGCGGCAGCAGGUGCUCCAGGCCUUGGAAAGACUUCAGUCCAAGCUCGUGCAGAGGGAAGAGUGGACCCACAGUGACAGGCUCGGCACGCUGAAGGAAGCCCUGCAGAGCCCUCUGUUCGGCCACAUCCUCACCCUGCAGCACUCCGUCAAACAGCUUAAAGACCAGUUAAACAGCUUGCCUCCGGACACAUGCACCGAGUUCAGUUUCUCCAGGAAGGGUCAGCUGAUCGUCAGUGCGAGUCGUCCGUCCAGCAGCCUGGGAUCCGUGGUGUCCAACGGUACAGCUUCAACUAACGCAUCUUCUGAGCAGCUUCAGAGAUGGAUACAUGCAGUGGCAAAGGGAAGAAAGACAGAGCUCGUCAGCCUGCAGAAGCCGUUGUCUGGAGGUCUGGGUUUCAGUGUGGUCGGCCUGAGACCAGAGGGGGUCGGCAGUCACGGUGUGUUCGUCAGACAGGUGCAACAAGGGAGUGUCGCAGACAGGGAUGGAAGAUUGCAGGAGAACGAUCAGAUUCUGGCGAUUAACGGGAUUCCUCUGGAUCAGAGCGUGACGCAGCAGCAGGCCAUCGCUCUUCUCCAGCAACAGAGAGACCGAGUGGAGCUGGUGGUGGCCAGAGACACUGUGGCCAAACCCCGACUCUCCACAUCUGGACCCAUUCAGACGGAUCAGUGGGGACACGUGGAGGAGAUCGAGCUGGUGAACGAUGGAUCCGGCCUGGGAUUUGGGAUUGUCGGAGGCAAGGCAACAGGAAUGGUGGUCAGGACUGUGGUGCCAGGCAGCGUGGCAGAUAAGGAUGGGAGGCUGAGAACAGGUGACCACAUCCUGCGUAUCGGUGAGACGUCUACUCGAGGUCUGGCCAGUGACCAGGUGGUGCAGGUGCUGCAGGCCUGUGGUACCCAGGUGAGGAUGCUGAUCGCACGAGACCCUCUGGGGGCGCCCCAGCCUCCGCCUCCACCUGCCCCCGCCACGGCUCCCAUCACCUCUCUGCCACCUCCACCUCCUGUGCCAUCCCACAGGGGCAGCAAAACGCCAAAUUUGGAUGGCUACGAAAUCCAUGAAGUUGCGUUAAAAAAGAAGGAAGGCCAGAGCCUCGGGAUCUCCAUAAUCGGACACAACGCUUUGACCACUAAGGAUGCGGUGGGUGUCUUCGUGAAGAACGUGGUUCCAGGCAGCGCCGCUGAGCAGAGCGGGAAAAUCCUCGUCCACGACAGGAUAAUAGCAUUGGAUGGCGUGAACCUCCAGGGAUUCACCAACCAGGAAGUCCUGGAGGUAAUGAAGCGGACGAGCGAUAUCGUACACCUUACCCUCAUUAAGAAGAUCAACUCGCCCAAGAGGACAGCUGUAGAGAAAUCGCUAGAUAAAGUCCAGAGAGAGUCGUCCCGUGUGUCUCUGAAGAGAUCGUCUGAGAUCAAGGCGCGGGCGGAUGUUCAGAGGGGCUCUGUUGUGGAGUCUAUGGACUCUGCUCUGAGUGGGAUCAAACAACAGCUGCAGGGGAAAAUGCAAGAGCCGGCCCCGCUGACGGAGAUGGAACUUUGUGCAAAAUGGGAGCAGGCUCUCGGUCCACAUUACGAUGUUAUGGUUGUACAGCUUGACCCUGUCAUAGAUGAUGAUAUUGAGCUGCAGAAGUACUCUAAGCUUCUCCCAAUACACACGAUGCGCUUGGGUGUGGAACUAGACACUUUUGAUGGACAUCACUACAUUUCCACAGUGGCUCCUGAGGGUCCAGUGGCAAAACAUGGGCUGCUUCGACCAGAGGAUGAACUUCUGGAGGUGAAUGGCGUGCAGUUGUAUGGGAAAUCCAGACGAGAGGCUGUUGCGUUCCUCCGAGAGGUUCCUCCUCCCUUUACUUUGGUUUGCUGCAGACGCCUUGCUGAAGAGGGCAGCGAGUACCACCCUGAAUCUGAAGAGUGGCACUCAUCCAGCCCCUCAGCCAGCCUACAGGAGCAGAUUGAGAAUAACCUCUCCAUGUUUGCCAAAGUUACAAGUCUACGCAACAGCAUGAGGGAAGAGUUUCAGGCCCGUCAGGCUACAGCAGUGGAGCGGGAGGUUAACGAUGAAGAAGAGCCCCUAGAGCCAAGCAGCCCUGAGAAAGAGCAGAUGGACGAGGAGAAGGAUGACGAAGAAGAAGAGGAGGAGGAUGAAGGGGAAUUGGCUCUAUGGUCUCCGAAUGUGCAGGUGGUAGAACUAGAGAAAGGAGAACGAGGUCUCGGCUUCAGCAUACUAGACUACCAGGACCCUCUGGAUGUUGCACGUUCUGUGAUUGUCAUCCGCUCUGUGGUGCCUGGAGGGGUAGCAGACAAUCACGGUGGGCUCCUCCCGGGUGACCAGCUGGUUUUCGUCAAUGACACUCAACUAGACACAUGCUCUCUUGACCAGGCCGUAGAGGUUCUCAAAUCUGCUCCGCCUGGGAGAGUCUAUCUUGGAAUCAGGAAACCGCUGGUGCCAGAGGACAGAGGUAGUGGGCAGCAGUCCUCUUGGCCUGUAGAGGGCGCCAAUGAGCAACCAGCGGCAAAGCAGGACGUCACUCUUCCAUCUAUGCAAGAGGACUUUGGAAACGGCUCUGUCUUAUUUGACAAUCUGGACGAGGAGCCAGAGCUUAUCCUGGACGCUGAGCCCCGCUACGCCUCUCCCCUCACCACCGUUGACCUCCUGCCCGGCCUGGAGCGAGAGAUGGCUGUAGAUGAAGAUGAUGAAGAGCAGGAGAUGGACACCAUAAAUGAUCAAGAGAGCCCCAAGGUCGACAGUCUACCUUCAUACUUCAGUGAGAAGUCUCGCUCCUGGGAAGAACCAACACCAUCUAUCAGUUCCAACAGCCCCUAUCAGUUCAACACUCAACCUGAUACACAAGAACAGUUCACAGAGGAGGACAGUGAGCUUUGCACAAGCUUCAAGAAGAUUCAGCUGCAGCUCCCGCAAAUUCCCCUCAGUCAGUCGGCCACAUGGAUAGAGGCAGCAGACAGCGAGGCAGACUCUGACUCCAAAAACGAAGGCUCAGAACUUACUUUGACUGACACGGACACUGAAUCUGCACAGCGCACUUCCUCUCGGAGAAGAAACCAGGGGGCUGCCGGUUCAAUCAGAGAAGGCAACAGUGAUCUGCCUGAAAGAGAGGAGGGAGAAGGUGAGGAGACGCCCGCGUUCAGUCACUGGGGUCCUCCACGCAGGGUGGAGGUGUUGCCAAAUCUGCAGGAGUCUCUGGGUAUCAGCAUAGUGGGCGGCCGCACAGUUAUAAAGAGGCUGAAGAACGGAGAGGAACUGAAGGGCAUUUUCAUCAAACAGGUGCUGCCAGACAGCCCAGCUGGACGCACGGGUGCCCUUAAAACAGGAGACAAGAUCUUACAGGUUUGUGGAGUGGAUUUGCAGAACGCCAGCCAUGAGGAGGCAGUACAGGCUAUCAAAGCAGCGCCCAGUCCCGUGGUCUUCGUCGUGCAGAGCCUGUCCUCCACUCCACGGCCUGUUUCAGUGACGGCCUCCAGCAUUGGACAGCACAAGGCUAAGAGGAAAGCCACCCAGAAAGCAGGGCAGACUGGCGGCCCUCCACCCAUGCGCCUCCCCCCACCUUACAGACCCCCCAGCCAAGUGCAGGAGGAGGAGCCACAGGAGGAAGAGAGGGAGGAUGAGGAGCAGGCUAAAGAGGUGAUCAGGCAGAGGUACGUGGACGUGCCGGGAGAGCUGCUGAUCGUGGAACUGGAGAAAGACCGGAAUGGCUUGGGACUCAGUCUGGCCGGGAACAGGGAUCGCUCCUGCAUGAGCAUCUUCGUGGUGGGGAUCACCGCUGGAGGGCCAGCCAGCCGAGACGGACGCAUCAAAGUGGGCGAUGAGCUGUUGGAGAUAAACAACCAGGUGUUGUAUGGCAGGAGCCACCAGAACGCAUCAGCCAUAAUAAAAAGCGCCGCAUCAAAGGUCAAACUUGUCCUAGUCAGGAAUGAAGAUGCUAUCAAUCAAAUGGCUGUCGCUCCUUUUCCUUCCCAGCCUUCCUUGUUCUACUCCAGUGAGACACAUCUAAAUAUGCCAGCAGUUCCAGCUCCAGCAGAGAAGCCACAGUUACCCGAGAGCCUCCCUCUGAGCAGAAACUCACCUGAGCCGCCGAUAAUCAAGGAUCAGCCGAGCGUGGUGCGGCCCGUGAGCUCCACUCAGACAGAUCAGAUGCAGGAGACUUUCAGAGAUGAAGAGUCAGCAUUGAAGAAGCUGAAAUCCUCAGAGAAGAUAUUGGAGUCUCCAAGCGAACAGUCACCCAAGCCUCUUGUGGAGCAGAUCACCAGUCUUCCAAAUAUCCAGAGGAAUUCCACCAGGCCCUCAGCCAGUUCUCUGGAGGUCACAUCCUUGGGAUCAUCCGUGCCAGUCUCUGGCACCAGCCCUGACUUCGAGUACUGCAGCAAAGACCCUGCUACGUGUCCCAUAGUUCCAGGACAAGAGACUGUUAUUGAGAUUUCUAAAGGCCGGUCUGGACUAGGUCUCAGUAUAGUCGGCGGCAAAGAUACGCAGCUGGAUGCCAUAGUGAUUCAUGAAGUGUAUGAGGAGGGGGCGGCAGCGCGGGACGGUCGUGUCUGGGCCGGAGAUCAGAUUCUCGAGGUGAAUGGAGUAGAUCUGCGGAGCGUGGCUCAUGAAGAUGCAAUAGCUGCUCUACGGCAAACACCGGCCAAAGUGCGGUUGACAGUCCUGCGCGACGAGGCGCAAUACAGGGACGAGGAGAACCUCGACAUGUUCCGUGUUGAACUUCAGAAGAGAACCGGGCGGGGGCUGGGCCUGAGCAUCGUUGGGAAGAGAAAUGGUAAGGGUGUGUUCAUCUCGGAUGUGGUGAAGAGCGGAGCGGCUGAUCUGGACGGCAGACUGAUGCAGGGUGAUCAGAUCCUGUCUGUGGAUGGAGAGGACAUGAGACAGGCCUCACAGGAGACCGUCGCUGCCAUUCUCAAGUGCGCCAGGGGCAAGGUGCUGUUGGAACUGGGCCGACUGAAGGCUGCCUCCUGGAUCUCUUCCAGACGCACCUCCCAGGGAAGUCAGAUGAGCCAUGUGAGCGCCAACAGCAGCGCCCCAACCCCCACGCCCCCUGCCGUUAUUCCGCCUCCCUCUCAAAUCCUCAACAACAACAGCCGAAACAUCACCGAGCCCAACAGCAAAAGCACAGGGACAGAGCCAGGUGUUCGGACAGUGGAGAUCACACGGGGUCCCACCGAUGCUUUGGGUGUCAGUAUAGCGGGUGGUAAGGGCAGUCCUCUAGGCGACAUCCCCAUCUUCAUCGCCAUGAUCCAGGCCAACGGUGUGGCUGCCAGGACACAUCGCCUCAAAGUAGGUGACAGGAUUGUGAGCAUCAACUCUCAGUCUCUGGAUGGCUUGACUCAUGGGGACGUCGUAAAUAUGCUGAAGAAUGCUUAUGGCACCAUCGUCCUCCAGGUGGUUGCCGACACCAACAUCAGUGCCAUAGCCAGUCAGGUGGAGAGUCUGUCCAGUAGCUCCACCCCCAGCACCAAUCCAGAGGUCCGGCCGGUGGAACCAGAGACGCCCAAGCCAAAGACCAUCAUUCUGGAGAAGGGCUCAGAGGGGCUGGGCUUCAGCAUUGUGGGCGGCUUUGGGAGUCCACAUGGAGAUCUUCCCAUCUACGUCAAAACAGUCUUCAGCAAGGGGGCAGCGGCGGUAGAUGGGCGUCUGAAGCGCGGCGACCAGCUGCUGUCGGUCAAUGGAGAGAGUCUGGAGGGCGUCACACACGAGCAGGCCGUGGCCGUACUGAAGAAGCAGCGGGGAAGUGUCACGCUGUCCGUCCUCUCCUAACAAACACACUAAGGACUACAUCCACUGAAAUACACACACAUUCCAUUCACACGUCUUAAGAGACUCUUUGCAUCAGCAGCGGCCGUUAUUCGGCCACCUUACUUCCUGAUUUGCACUCGAUCGUUUAAACUCCGCCCUGUUACUGUUUGUGCACCUGGUAUCGAAGUCAAUGAGAAAUACUCAUAACAUUGUCUUUGUUUUAAUCACGGACAUGUAGCCUCUCCACUGGUGACGGUGAGCAGGUGAAUUAUGGGGCAAUAUUAGAGAAGGUUAUUUUGAUGAAAUGAGUGCUGGUAACUCAAGACCAGGAGGAAAAAUUAAAGUAGCAGCUGCACAACACUUGCUAACACACACAAUUUGUUUGUAAUUAUCCUUUCAGUCCACAUACAAUAACUUCUAAUGUGGUCGCCCUGAUCUUUUUUCAAUUAAAACGCACAAGUACACAACCUACUGACAAACCCGCCCUAUUUUUAAGAAAUCAGUUGAAUUGUAUGUAGUGUGUAGAUGAAUUCAUGGACGAGCGUUAAUAAUAAGGGAUGACAGAUGUGCCUUGGAACGGGCAGAUCAGAUUGUACUGGGAUGUUUUGUAUAGCUAGUAUUAGAUAUUAGGAUCAUUUCAAUCAGGUUCUUUACGUUGCAGGGUAGCUUUGUGAAUACUUCAAGAAAUAGUUCGCCAGAAGAUGAAAAACAUCCCUGAUGUUGCUUCAAAUCUGUAUUACUCUUUCUUCUGUGGAGCUAAAAAUAAGAUAUUUUGCAGAAUGUUCACGCUGCUCUCUUCCUUACAAUGAAAGUGGAUGGGAACUGGAGUUUUUGUGAUUUAGAAAUGCCAUAAAUAACCAUCAAAAUAUCGCAAAAGCAAGUCAUAUGACUUGUCUUCCCUCUAAGUAAUAUUUCAGGCAAUUCUUCACACAAAGUUAUUAAUGUUAGUCAUUUUUCAUGUAAAAUAUGUGUAACUUAAAAUUAUAUGUUUUACUGAAAACACUGCUCUUUUCCUUAAAAUAAAAAUGGAUGGAGACUGGCAUUUUAGAAAUUCAGGAAUGACAUUAUAACAAUAAAUGUAUCAAGUUGUGUGCCACAUUUCACGUCUAUUGAGAUUGUACGAUAGUUUUGUGUGAGGAAUAUUUUAAAGUGUUUUUCACUUGAAAAUUUCAGGCAAUUUUUCAUACACGGAUAUUAUUUUGUAAGUAGUUUUCACUUCAAAUUUAUCUCUGAAAUUAAAAUGUCAUAUAAUUAUUUACACAGAGCUAUUAUUUUGAUUCGAGUCUUAAAAAUGGCACACAAGAUGUGUUUUUUUGCCAUUUUUGGAGUGCAACAGCCCAGUCCCCAUUCACAUUCAUUGUAUGGAAAAGUAUCAAAAUAUCUCCUUUUAGGUUCCACAGAAGAAAAUAAGUCA